AUGGAAAGUAAGUAUAAGGAAAUUCAAGAGAAUUUAGGAAAAGACCCCAAUUAUCUGGUGAAAAAAAAUUGCGAGGAUUACUUACAAACUAAUUUUUCUCACUUUUUUGCCAAAAAUCAAGCCAAAUUAAGUAGAUUUCUCGAAGAAAUAGUAAAAACUUUUUCUGAGAAAUUUCAUGAUGAUUCGGAUUGGUUUUUGCUUGGUGGGACUUAUGGAGAUAGCGAAUUAAAAAAAAUGGUCGAUAAAGGUAUACGGUUGACUGCCGAACAACGAGAAUGUGUUAACUUUCCGCUCAGUCACCAGGUUCUAAUUGUUAAUGCUGGGCCAGGCACCGGAAAGACCGAAAUUAUUAAGGAGCGGAUGAGAUUUAUUGUGGAGCAAAAUCUUAAUCAGCAGCAACUCGCUUUGGUUCUAACUUUUAAUAAAAAUAUUUCGGUCGAAAUCUGGCGAAAAUUGAAAUUAAUCAUUAGCAAGAAUGUAACUCUUCUCCAAAAAAACAACCAGUUCUUAAAAAGAAGUAAUUUUUCGCCCCACCAAGUAAUGAACCGCACUUUUCACUCUUUAUGUUAUUUAAUUUUCAAUGAAGAACAGGAAAAAAUUUCCGAAGUCCGCUCAGUUUUGGAAAAGUCUGGUCGUCUCGACUUGUAUGAACCAAUCAAAGAGUUUUUUAUUAGUGACCAAAGAAAAAGAUUUUGGUUAUUUUUUGACGACGUGGUUGAAAAUGUAACUAAUUUUCUGAAAAAAGAUGAAGAGAAAAAAAAACGUUGGCAAGUUUUUAAUCAUAUUCUGGUUGACGAAAGCCAAGACUUGAAUGAGGAGCAACUAAGGAUGAUAAAACAGCUUUGUUUGCCUCAUACUACUCUAACUUUUGUGG